AACUCAAUUAUGACUACUCUAAACAAGUGGUUGACUCCGUACUCAUAGAACCCACCCAUUGUUGGAAUAUUCUGAAACCCCAUUGGCCAAUAUGUUAAGUCCCGCCGUUUUUCCCAAACGACUGAUCCCGCAAUGUGGAAAACAACACAGGUAAGCGCUGGAUAGUUUCUUUUACUGUCUAUGGUUAGCGUAGCACAGCCAGGAUCCCACUGGAAAUCUGUUACACUGUAUUUUACAAGAUCCUUAUAGAUGAGACAGAUCUGUAAGUCAAGUAACAAGAUGAGUGGAAAUCAUAGACGGAUAGAAAUGGACCUGGCUAUAGGAUCAUCAUUAAAGCCCUAUGGGUCAUCCAGGAGUAUUGUCAGAAGAAUUGCCACAAAUCUUCCCUUAGCACCUUGUCCUCGUGUCCAUUUUCAGCAGCUUCAUCUAUUCGCUGCAGGAGCGAGUUUCCUCAACAAUUCAAAUGGGCCAAAUGGACUUGUUACCACACUUGCUGAUGUGGGCUGGAUUGACAGAGGAGAGAGCGAUGGUGCUGGCAGGAAUAGGUUUGAGGCAGAUUCUAGGUUGUUUUUUCGCACCCAGCAGUGCAAACCCCUGAGACAUCGGCAGUCAUUACCCAGCUUGCACCAGGUUGAAUCUGCGCCACAGAGUCAGACGAUCAUCAACGAUGAAGCCAUUCAGAAGCUCAGUGCUCUGGAAACUGAGCUGUCCAAACUAAGAGCGCAAAUUGCACAGAUCGUUCAGGCACAGGAGCAAAGUGCACAAUCCACAGCUCCACCAAUGACUCCUGUUCCACCUCCUCCGUGUCCUGCCCCUGGCAUGCAGAGUAGCUAUUGUGCCAUUGACCUCAUCCGAGAGCAGCGUGGGAAAAAGGCAGAGCAGCAGACCGUACUGGACUCUGGACCUAAAAAGCCAGAUCUUCCCAACAUGCUAGACAUACUGAAAGACAUUGGGAAAGUGAAGCUGCGCUCAGUUAAGAGUCAUCAAGAGGAUACGAAACCAAGACCUGUUGAGCCCACAGAUGCUGCAGCAUUAAUCGCAGAGGCCCUGAAAUGCAAGUUCUCUCACCGCUACCGGAACGACAGCGAAUGUGAUGCCAACUUUAACUUGCCAGCCCCUGAGAAUAACACCCACGUAGAAACACCACCGUUUGGCCAACAUAUGUUAAAGUCAAAUGGAAGGAGGAAACUGUGCUAGGAUGGAGCUACUCAUCUGAGCAGGUUCAUGUAGUUAACCUGAUGACUUUUAAUUUUCAAUAAGCGGCUAACUUUUCAUGUUGGCCCUCAAAAUGUUAGUGUUCUUUUAUGUGAGCAUGCAAAUGCUAAACACUAUGCAGUCAAUCUGGUUUCCCGAACUUUGUAAAGUUAAUCUCUAUCAAUACAUCUUGUACCGCAGCCAGUUCCAUCAUUAAUGCCCGUUAUCUGAGAAAUGUGUUCUUUUUUUUUUGGUUUCAUGUAUGAUUUUUAUAUGUGGAUUUAUCUGGAUCUGUUGAAGGUCAACAGUGCAAGUAUUCAACUUUGUUUGAUUCCUCAUAUUUGAAGGGAUAAUGUUCAAAACACCAAAGUGUAUGGAUUGUUCUUUAUCAGUAAUAUUAUGUGUAUUUUUAAUUCAUAGUUGCUAGUAGUGGUCGACCGAUAUAGUUUUUUUUUUUUUGAAAGCCAAUAUUUUGGAAAGCAGGGGAGCCGAUAUUUAUGUAUUUAUUUUUUAAAUAUUUAAUUCAUAUUUAAGAAAUUUUAAAUAAUUUGCAAAGAAUUGAAAAAUUAAAAUACAAUCAAAUAAAAUACUUUAGAUGACAAAGUAUUUUUCACAAAUGAAUAAAUAUUUAAUAAAAAUAUAAUUAAAAAGGAAGGAAACACUGUAACCAACAGGGCACUCAGUAUUCUGGGAAUUUUGUGUGCAUUGGGAAUCAUAUUUUUUCAAAUAAAGCCAGGGUAACACUCAUUUUACAUAAACCACACAGUGAACAUGACAUGAAUAUGACAGUGGGCAAAUGCAUAAAGCAUAGUAUAAUUUGAAAUCACGAGUUUAAAGCAUUCAAUUCACACGGACCAAACAUCACUGAGACCAACAGUCAUGCUGGAUAAAAAUGCACACUUCACAAGAUCUCACAGAUGGAUUUGGAAGUUUGUGAAAAUAAAUGUUCAUUAGUCAUUAAAAUAUUUGUUUUAAUGAUACAAAUGCAUAUUUGCUUAAUGCUGACGGCAAACGAAAAAAGUACUAUGUUUGCCUAUUACUAAUAAUAUAAAAGCAAUCGUAAUAAUUUUUGUUUACGUUAAUUAAUUAAUUGCUUUGUUUAGACCGACUUCUAUCCGUAUUAGACCGAACUGUUAAUGAUGAACGAGAGGGAGAAUGUGAGCACUGUGUGUUCAGGCGCUGCCGCUCUCAGCGCCAUCAAAAUAAAAGUCCGGCCUAGAACACAUUGACCAAGCAGAAAAACUCAUCGGCCGAUGCAGAUAUUUGCAAAAUGCCAAAUAUCGGCCUUGGCCUGUCGCCCACUACUGAUAACUUUAGGAACUUCAGGUUUUUCUGACAUGUGACCACUAGCAAUUAUGAACCACACUUUUGUAAUCAUCAUAAAUAGGGUUUAGAUGGUGCUGUCAUUCAGUAGUAUUUGCUCACUAAUUUAAAAGCCUUUAUAGGUUCUAAUUUAUUAUGUUGGAACAUUUCCAUGAUUAUGGUCUGGAAGUCAUUUAGUUAUUUAACCAGUUUAAUAAAUCAUUUAAAUAAUGUAGUUUUGUUUAUCUGUUACGUCAAGCUUGUUAUCUCUAGUCCAGUGCUGACUUCAGUCUAUCAGCAGAAUUUUUGACAAGUGUUUGUACCUUAAAAGGUUUGUAUGUUUGCACAUAUAUCUAAAAUGUCUUCUGUGCACCAUUAGUCAGUGCAUUCGCAUUAUAUUACAGUACAGGAUUUCUCAUUUCAAACUGGAUUUAAUGGCCAGCACAUACGAAGUGUACCUCAGAAUUUAAGGGAAUCUUCUGUCAGAGAUGUCUUUCUAGUUUUAUUAUGAACUGUGAUGAUUUAUGUAAAUGGGUUGAUUUUAUUUCACACUACAGAACCGAUUUGAAAUGACUUUACUUUCUUGAAUAAACC